AUGGAGUCCUACUAUCAGGCACAGCUCUCUCCCCAGGAGAUGCAGCAUCGCUUGUCGCAGCAGUCAGCCCAGCAUGCCCAGCUUCAAUCCCAAAACCAACCUCCGAACCCAAGCCAGGGCCUGAACCAAAGUCUGAACCAGUCACAACAGCAACAUGCGCUUCAACGCCAGAUCUCUAUGCCGAUGGCUUCGUCUCAAGGCCACGGUCGCCAGCACAUGAAUGCUAUGCAGGAUGGCGCCAUGGUAUCGGGGGAUUCUCUCGACGAUAUUAUUCGCAACAACCGAUCCGAGAUCCAACGCCGCCUGAGUAUCCCGAACUACAGUUCCCAGAUGGCGCACCAACAUCGUCAACAACAGCAGCACCAUCAGCAACAGCUUCAACAACAGCAGAACGAUGUCGACAGGAGGGUGUCCAUGAUGGAGUUUGGGACUAACUCUGGCCAGUAUCGAAACUAUCCCUUCAGCGGCCCGAACAUGGAUAACGCCCACUUGAACAACAACUACAUCGCCAUGUCGAAUAGCAUGAGCAACAUGGGCAACAUGGAUAGCAUGAAUAACGUCAGCAUGUCCGAUAUUCCGUCCCAUAUCGACUCGUUCUCGGGCCAGGACAUGAUGAUGCAAAUGUCCCCCAGUGGUGCUUUCCCCCAGUACUCGACCGAGGUGCUCGGCUCCAUGAUGCCGCAGAGCUUCGCCAACAUGAACAUGAGUAGCAUGGGGGCCCAGCCAGGCGGCAUGGACAUGUAUGGCUCACCUGUCAUGGAGCCUCAGUUUUCUCAGACUGGCCUCAAACCCAACGGCGGAGAUGUCCAGAUGGCCGGCUCUCCCGAAGACCAGUCCCUCGGGACUAGCACGGCACCGCUUAUAAACAACCUGGACCUUGGCAUGACCGGCGUCGAAGGAAUGGCCGCAACUCCAGCUCCAGACAAUCGCCUUCUGGCUCAGGCUCAGGCUCAGGCUCAGGCUCAGGCUCAGGCUCAGGCUCAGGCUCAGGCUCAGGCUCAGGCUCAGGCUCAGGCUCAGGCCCAGGCCCAGGCUCAGGCUCAAGCUCACGCCCAGUCACAAGCACUUGCCCAACAACAGGCCGAAACCCAAUCACAAACCCAUAAACAGGCUCAACCCAAACGACUGCCAUUUGAGCAGGACCAGAGCCAUACACCCGUGAGCCAAAGCCAGGGCCAGAAAACCAGCCCGCCCAGCGCCCAGUCCGGGGCCUCCGUACAGGCGCCAGCCGCGCCUUCGACGCUGACACGGGACCUGUCAACCAACAGUUCAUCAACACCACCGCACGCCUCCUCUCUCUCUACCCCGCAGACGUCACAGGUCCAGGCCGCCCAUUCAGCCGCCACUACGCCCGCUGCCGGCCCUCAGACACCGCGACUCGAUACAAAGGACAAGAGCGUUUACUCUAAAAGCGGAUUCGACAUGCUGAAGGCAUUGUGGUACGUUGCGACUCGUAAGAACCCGGAAAUCCAUCUAGGCGCUGUGGACAUGUCUUGUGCCUUUGUCGUAUGCGACAUGUCUCUGAACGACUGUCCCAUUAUUUAUGUGUCCGACAACUUCCAGAACUUGACCGGUUAUAGCCGGCAUGAGAUUGUGGGACAAAACUGUCGUUUCCUCCAGGCUCCAGACGGUGCCGUCGAGGCUGGUUCGAAGCGCGAGUUUGUCGACGAUGCUGCCGUGUACAACCUCAAGCAAAAGAUUCACGAAGGCAAAGAGGUCCAACAAAGUCUCAUCAACUAUCGAAAAGGCGGGAAGCCGUUCCUGAAUCUUCUGACCAUGAUACCCAUUCCAUGGGAUGACCCUGAUGAGAUCAGGUUCUUUGUCGGCUUCCAGAUUGAUCUUGUCGAGUGUCCUGAUGCUAUUGCCUCCAGCCAAGAUGCGCAGGGUGUCCAGGUCAAUUAUAUGCACAGCGAUAUCGGGCAGUACAUCUGGACACCGCCGAACGCAGAUGACGUCGUUCAUGUCCUGUCCCUGAAGGGCCUUUUUCUCUACCUCUCACCCUCAUGCAAGCGGGUCCUCGAAUACGACGCCGCUGAGUUGGCAGGAAACACAUUAUCCAGCAUCUGCCAUCCUUCCGAUAUCGUCCCAGUAACUCGAGAGCUGAAGGACACAACACCCGGAAGCCCGGUCAACAUUGUCUUCCGUAUCCGGCGGAAGCACAGCGGUUAUACGUGGUUCGAGAGUCACGGCUCGCUGUUUGUCGAACAGGGCAAGGGACGCAAGAGCAUCAUCCUUGUUGGCCGCAAAAGGCCAGUCUUUGCACUCAGUCGUCGUAACCUUGAUGCGAACGGUGGCAUCGGUGACAGUGAGCUGUGGACGAAGCUCUCCACAUCAGGCAUGUUUUUGUUCGUAUCGUCAAAUGUUCGGUCUCUCCUAGACCUGCAACCGAACGAUCUCAUUGGCACUAGCAUUCAAGAGCUCAUGCGGAAAGAGUCACGGGCCGAAUUCGGUCGCACGAUCGAAAAGGCACGACGUGGUGAAAUUGUCACUUGUAAGCAUGAAGUUCAGAAUAGGAGAGGGCAGGUACUACAGGCACAGACGGUUCUGUAUCCUGGCGACGCCUGCGAGGGUCAGAAGCCCACCUUUCUACUCGCUCAAACCAAACUCAUCAAGGCUUCGUCCAGAGCAAUCGCACCUGCAGCAACACCACCCGGAAGCGUCAAGUCCACUGGUAAGAAAGGCCAACUGCAGACAUCAUCGACUGGAGGCACCGAGGCCCAAGCGGGCGGUAUCGUGUCAGCGCCAGCAGGCGGGGCAUUGGCUCUGGGCACCCAAGAUGUCGCACUCGCAGCAGACGACAACAUAUUCGACGAACUGCGUACUACCAAGUGCUCGAGCUGGCAGUUCGAGCUGCGGCAGAUGGAGAAGGUGAAUCGAAUUCUGGCCGAGGAGCUUGGCGGUCUUCUUUCCAACAAGAAGAAGAGAAAGAGAAGAAAGGGUGUGGGCAAUGUGGUCCGAGACUGCGCCAACUGCCACACACGCAACACGCCCGAAUGGAGGCGAGGACCUAGUGGUCAGCGUGAUCUAUGCAACAGUUGCGGCCUGCGAUGGGCUAAACAGACCGGACGAGUUUCUCCCCGCAAUUCGUCUCGCGGCGGGAACAGUGGUGAUGCGGCAAGUAAACGAUCCAAUUCGCCCCAUCAAUCUUCACCACUCCAUCGUGAGCUCGGUGCCGAUGGAGUGGUCCAUGCCGAAGAUACUUCGGCGGGUAGCGGCGCGCUGAACCCAGCCAAGGUGCAUGCAACAAUGCCCCCGCCCAGUCAACCAUUGCUUGAGGGGGGUAGCGGCGCAGGCAUCACAUCGAUCCGCGAAGAACGAGAGAUUUACAACACCAACUAGACGGCCAUCGACAUCCUAGACAGUCCCGAGGGACACUGUGCAUGAACUCGAGAUACCACUUUCUAUUCCACUUCCUAUCUUACUUCUUCUAUCUUGGACUUCUUCUCUUCUUUUCAUCUUUUCCUUCACCAACUUCCUCAGAAGGGCCGAACACUUGGCUUGCCGGCAUUCUGGCAGCCGGCAUUCUGGCGACGAUGGACAUAGCUAGCUUCUGUUUGAAGGCGGUAUGGUGGUUUCUCUCUCAUUCCGUAUAUAGUACAAUUGGUGAUGCGGAAGACGACAUGGGGCGUUCGGCAAACUACUAUUGGGAAAGUCAUGAGCCAUUUCUUUUCCUUACAAGUCGUGGUGGGGUCGAUGGAUAUUUCCGCCCCUCCACUAUGGUAUGAAUGGGAUAGAAAAGCAGCACGGCAGCAUCGGAGGGGCAAGCGAACUUUUUUUUUUGGAGUCUUGUACUGGGUGCAGUAGUGGGACUGAAUGUUGAGUUCGUAUUACGAGAUACACGAUUUUCAAUCCCAUCCAUGACUUUGA